UAAACGAAAAGUUUCCAGAAACAAACCCGUUUUGAUAAUAUAAUAGAUUUUUAGGGAAUAAAAACAACUGAAUUAUUACAGAAAAAUAUAUAAAAGAAUAAAACAUCAAAAUGCCUUGGUGGUUAAAGAGUAAGGGUACUAUACACCCGAGCAAGAUGCAGACGUCAAUGUCGAGUUCGAUGGCGUCAUUAUCUCCGUCACAACUUAACGCAGCCAUUAUGGACAUGCUCAAUGUUAACAAUACCGGAAAUCGAUGUCAAAAUGCAUGCCGAGGAGAUCCUAUAACAACAGCCGGGCAACGUAACCAGAUGAUUAAGAUGCUUGCAAUUAUUCUAAUUCCGGUGUUGAUUUUGGUUGGUCUGACAGGCAACUCGUUUGGCACAACGCUGAACAAUUACCUCUACUCGAACACCAUACGUUCAACGCUUCUGUUCAGUUUGGAUAUGGCAUACAUGAUACGUGCUCUUCAGCGCGAGCGAGAUGGCAGUGCCCUCUAUCUGAGUUCAAUCAGACCGGAAACGAAGGGAUUUCUGCUUGAGCGUUACCAGGAUACAGACGAAGCAGUGCAGACCUUGCCUUUUGGGGCCAAACGUCACUCAGGGAUUAUUCAAUAUAGAUAUGAACUUGACACCCUUCAAGUGACAUUUCACGACGAAUUGAUCACAUAUUCCGACUGGAUUGAAGUUUUUAUAAAGUGGUUUUAUAAGUCAAUUACGGAGGCACGUGCAGAAAAAGUGUGGAAAGCCUUUGUGGCAUAUCAGGAGUUGCUUGUUGCAUCGGAAUACCUCGGCAGAGAACGGGCCAUGGGUGUUAUCUUUUAUACCCUCGGGGAAUUCCCGACCAGGGAGGAAUACCUUUACUUCGUUGAAAGUCAGGACACGUCGAACGCUUCCUUUGCUGCUGCAAGACAAUACUCUCAGAUCGCCAAGGAAAUUUAUGAUGCGAAAAUUAAAGAAAAUCCCGAAAUCAUGAAAACAAUAAAGAACAAACGAGCGGAAAUCAGAUCCCGAAAUACUGGAGCAGACGACAAUACAAUGGGUUCCCUUGACGAGGCCAAAUACUGGUUUGAAAACAUGACGUAUUUCCAGGACAUAAUUAAGGAAGCACAAGUUUCAUUAGCGUUGACCAUAGACGGCUUGCUAGAGGCACGGCAAAAAACGGACCUUACCAAUAUCGUUAUCAUCUGCAUCAUCUUCAGCGCCGUCCUCAUCUUGUGCCCUAUAAUUAUAUAUGCGGUGUACAGUCUCACGGUUGAAAUUCAACGAUGUUCUAUACAUAUAGCAGACAGAACAAAAGCUCUAAGCAAGGAGAAGAAACGGACGGACACACUCUUGUAUCAGAUGUUACCCCGCCAGGUGGCAGAACAAUUGAAGCAGAACCAGGAAGUGACGACAGAGGAAUUUGUGCACGCGACGAUAAUGUUCAGUGAUAUUGUUGGCUUUACACAGAUUUCCUCAAGAAGUUCACCUCUCCAGAUCGUUGAAAUGUUGAACACCAUUUAUUCGUGUCUGGACGACAGGAUAGAGCUAUAUGACGUAUAUAAAGUAGAAACGAUUGGCGAUGCUUAUCUUGUUGUGUCAGGCGUUCCAAACCCAAACGGAAAACUGCACGCCUCUGAGAUUGCCUCUCUUUCAUUGGAUAUUCUGGAGCACGUGAACCGGAUGGAGAUUCCACACAUACCCGGAACUUACGUCAGACUACGUAUCGGCUGCCAUAGUGGUUCCGUGGUAGCAGGUGUGGUAGGAACUAAGAUGCCACAUUACUGUGUGUUCGGUGAAGCCGUCAAUGUGGCGUCAAAAAUGGAGGCUCUAGGAAAACCUUGUAAAAUACAUCUGAGCGAAACUACAGCUAACAUUCUAACAGAACUUGGUGGUUUUGUACUUCGUCAGAGGGAAAACUUUCAAGAAAAGAACGACCAUGACUUGAUGAUGGCUUUUAAGGGUAACGUACGCACGUAUUGGCUUAUCAGUAAGGAAGGAUUCGCGCCUUUGGACUCGGACCAUUCGGUUCAAGACCUUGCCGAACCUGAAAAAGUUUUGGAAGUCGGCACCGGUGGACAGGAUGAACAAGAAAUUGUCACGCCUGGGAGCAUUCAAUGAUAGGAACAUAUAUUGAUGAUGUCAGAACGAACAAUAAUAUUUUGCGCAUGCGCUGCUAAUUUAUAUCAUGAGUCCUGUCAUUUAUUUAUGAAUUAGUUUCUUUUUUAAUAUAUAUUUCUGUAACAGUUUGUAUGAUCUUCAUCGUGAUUACAGUAAGUUUUUUUGAAUGUCUGAAGUGCGAUCUUUAUCACCGAUCAUAGAAAAUACUGUUCAAAAGCGAUAUUGAAAAGGUAGGAAUAUAACUAGUGUCUUAAAUUUAUCUAUAUUUAACAUUCUUGAAACGUUAUUCAUUAAAACCUAUUAAAUUAAAUUCUGAAAAUUUAAAGCUAUAGAUCUAUUCAACAUAAUUAUCAUAACACAAAGACAGUGUAUAAACGAAAUCACUGUACCCUGUCUUGCGAGCAGAUAGUUUACAAUUUGAAAUGUGUAUCCUGUCGUGCGAUUACAAGAACGUACUUCUUCCGAUCACUGUACUUUACUUUGGAGCACAUACAUUUUAACUUGCAACUUUCUUACGAUAACAGAAAAAUGACUUUUUUACAUUGUAUAUACUGUCCAAAAUGAAAUAUCCACUUUCUAUUUAUGUCAUCAUGCAUGACGUCAUCAGCAGACUACUGCAAAGUUUCUGUCUAGCGCACACUUCU